ACUAUUAGCUCAGGUGUAUUCAAAACAUUCAGAAUCCAGAUUGAAAGGAUAUGCUUUUGCUUGUCAUGUCCCACUUUUCACAGUUCUGGUUUUAUAUUGCUAAAUUAAUUUCAUCUUUCAUAUUUAUAAGCUUUAAUCACAGAAUGUUUUAAGUCUAAUAUAAAUGCUGAGUGGGCUGCAUUUAGCUUGACUUCCUCUCAUGAGCUUUUAUUGGAGAUUUGCUGCCAGAUGCAGUUAAUAGCUUAGAAUGUUGCUUAAAUAUUAACAGGCAAAUAUUUAAAGAACAGCUAAAAUACAAAAGUAAUAUUUCAGUAGACAAAUUAUGUAGACCUAAAAUGAAGAUGACUGGAGUUAUUCACAUGAAUAUGUUGUAGCAAGCUGUGGUUCACUUGUUUCACACAGCUGCAGAAGUCUAAUCAGGAGGGGAUGUAAGGGUGGAGGUCUUUGAAGAGGAGCUGAAUAGAUAGAUGUACCUGCUCUUAAAUGAAACCUAUUUCUGUUUAUUUGAGCCUGCAGGAGUCAUUUUAAAGACCCCUUAAAGAUGCAAUCUUAUAUCAAUUAAUUGUGGAUAAGUCCUUUUAAAAACAGUGGUACUUUAUUCUCAGAUGUAUUUGCAUUUAUCUAGAAUUGGAAAGCAUAAGAUACUCUGGUUGACACCAACUUGUAGUAUUUAUUUAAAUCUGUUAUAGUAGCAUUACUAAAUCUUGGACGUGGAAGAAUAUGAAGGUUUUUAAGGUCCUCUUGCCAUCUGAAGCUUAAUACUUGGCAACUGGAAAAAGAAUGUAUUCUGUCACAACUAAAUUCCACUACUGAAAAAGGCUUAUUUUAAAAAGGCAGCAAUACGUUUGGCAUUGUAAAGGAUAUUUUUUCCAGAUAUUCCACAGUGCCUUGUAGCUGAUUUUAGUCAUGUGAUGAUUUAAUUUUAAACUAUCAAUCAAAAGGUUGGCAGUUCAGUGGUUCGAAUCCCUAGUGUUGCGUAACGCGGUGAGCUCCUGUUACUUGUCCCAGCUUCUGCCAACCUAUUAGUUCGAAAGCACGUAAAAAAUGCAAGUAGAGAAAUAAGGAUCACCUUUAGUGGUGGGAAGGUAACAGCGUUCCAUGCAUGCGCCUUUGGUGUUUAGUCAUGCCGGCCCCAUGACCAUAGAGACGUCUUUGGACAGCGCUGGCUCUUCGGCUUUGAAAUGGAGAUGAGCACUGCCCCUUAGAGUCAGGAACGACUAGCACACAUGUGCGAGGGGAACCUUUACCUUUACCUUUUUUAUGGUAUUUUAAAAUUAAUGCAACUCAGACACUUUUUUACUGGACAGAUGGUUUUAAAUGUAUCAAUAAAAAACACUUGUUUAUUGAAAAAUAAAAGAGUAAAAGGUGAGAAUGGCCUUUAUUUCCCCACCCAAAUUUGUGUCAUAACAAGUUGGUGUUCUGUCUGUGAUUAAAGUACAGUGUCAAUUCAUUUUAGCAAAAAUGCAUACCUUGUAGAUCUCUUGUACAAGAACAAAGCUUUCAUUCUUAGGCUCUGAAGCUUAAUGUUAAGCUUGUUUAAACAGCUUCUUCAGGGGUUGGGUCUGACUUGCAGCAGAAUGUCAGACAUAAGCAUGCCAAACAGAUAUAAAUACAAUUCACAACAAGCUUGUCUUGCACCUUUUUUCCAGUGCAUCUUAUCAGAGGUGUAGAUAAAGAUCUUAAUCAGUGAGCUCUCCUUAUGGUAUCCAAUGAGAAAAUUUCUUUUGUUUAAUUAUAUUAGAUUAUAUACUGAGGACUUCUAUCUCCACCCUCUAUUUAACUGCUAGAAAAAAGUAUUUUUUGAAUUUUGCACUUGUGUAGGGUUUUUUUUAAUGUUGGACUUGCUCAGACAACCUCAGCUGCAGUCUGAAUCAUUUUGUUAAAAAAAUAUAUACUUGCCUCAUACAUGGCUGUUGAUUUAUGUACAUUCUCCAAGCUGAAAUAAGAGGGAGUCUGCUAGUUUGAUUUUAAUGAUGCAAAAAGAUUCAUUCUCUGUUACUACCUAAAACUUGAAAUGCCAGAAUUGUCCCAAUGCUUUUUUAACUGGUAUUUGCUGGUCAUCACUUUUUCCCUGGAAGGGUUGAAACUGAUUUAGCUGAUUGCUUCUUGUACUGCCAGUACAAGAUGUUGUAGACAAAGGAAGAAAUCUCAUUACAUUGCCAGUUUGGGAUAUUUAUUAUUUAGCAUUUCUUAAAUUCCUAAGAUUAUUGUACAGAAAUUAAAAGAUAAGAUGGUAUCUGUCUGCAGCUUCAGAUUCUAAUAGACAUAGAGCAGAAGGAAGGAGAUGAGAAAUUUUUUUUGGAGCAACCGCUUCUUCACUGAUCAUUCUUCCUGGAUGACAGAUGGUGCUUUCAUUAUCCUUACCAGUGCUUCUUACCAGCGGAGAAGCCCAAUUCAUGCACUUAGCAGGCUUAACAUCUUACUUUCUGUUAAAAAUCCAGAUACAUGUGAUAGGCAAAUAUACUUCAAAAAUAGUUUUGGAAUACAGAGCAAAGUUUCCAUUCUGUGGUUCAUUCUAUGCAUGUUAAUUAUUGAAAGUGGCAUUCAUGGUGCUUAGGGAUCAUCAGGUUAUGGGCAGACUGCUCUAGAAACUCUACAGGUAGUCCGAGCAAGGCUCAACAAUCACGAGAGAGCGAUCUGGGAGGUUACCGGUCUGCCGGUAAUCCUCCCUACCAGCCUCAGAUCGGCUGAGGUCCCUGCCAGUCUCGCGUUCUGUGGAGGGGGCUUUGCCUUGGGCAGCCCCUGGCAAUUCUGCAACUGCAGAGAGGGACUCUGUCCCUGCCUGGUUCAUCCAGGCACACUGAUAGCGGCAAGUGCGUCUGGCACUCCAAGAGCCGUGGCAGGAACACUCAUGACGAGCCAGGCUGCCUGAUUUAUGUGUGGAAAGCGGCUGCUGUUUUUGUGGUAGGAGCACUGUUUGCAAGUCAGGCUGCCCAAAUCCUUUUGAAGAAGCAGCGACAACGCUCGGCUCUAGGACAGCCGACAGUCCUAGAUCCCGGAUCGCUCUCCCGUUAUCGUCGAGCCUUGUUCAGUAGAAAUUAAAGUUGUUUCCGUUGAAUUUGUCAUGAAGAAUGGUGAGCAUCAUUUUCUCAGUCUCUCCUCAUGGCAGACGGAGUCGAACUGGAGGAUGUUGUGUCUCGUCCAAUCUCACCUCAGCCGGGGUCUUCUUAUCUGCUUCCGAACACGGAGGAAUGUUCUAGUAUGCCUCCCGGCCCCAGCCCUGGCUCCAUGCCCAGACAGGCUGAAGAGGAAGAAAUACCUCCAGCCCCCAGCUCUGGCUCCAUGCCCAGGCAAACGGAGCAACUAGACCCCUCCCCCUCCCCCACAGCAUGUGAGCCUGAGGGAGGUUUAUUACCAACAGCUGCCGACUGGAGUGACCCUCGCUUCAGAAGAAUUGAUAGGCGGCGGCGUCAGAAGGAAGGGAGGGGCAGGCCUGGAUAAGUGCUGAGUCAUGGAGCCACACCCCAUGGCCUAUAUAAAGGAUCUGCUUUCUGGCAGUCUCUGAGUCAGGCAAAGUCUAAACAUAUCUUGCUGAAGUCACUUUCUGGUCUCCUGCCUGCCCUGAGGACUUUGCUAGGACUUUGGCAGAGCUGCAGAGGCACACCUGAUUCGGAUUUCCCUGACCCGGCCGUCAGCGGAGGAGUGGGACACGACAGAGGAUCCAGGCAAGGAAGGCGUGGAAAAAGAAAAAUUAACUCGGUCUCCAAGCAAACUUAGCUUUGCAAAUUGCUUCGGGCAAUUGGGGAAGAAAAAGAGUGUUUCCUCCAUGCAUUGCAUUUUCCUCCCUGAUGCAAUUCGCACAGCCACAUGUCCUCAGGAAAACGGUCUUGCAUCUUCAAGGAACUGGUGGCUUGCUGGGCGCUGCACAGGAGGUGUAAGGCAAGGCGCUGCCACCCGAAAACUGUUGCCGCGAUCUCUGCUGCCUGGAACCGCCCGAAAACGUGAUGUUCUUUCUUUGCCUCUGCACACCCCAUUUUUGGAACUGCAGAGGCAGCGGAGAUUUCCAGGUGGCAGAAAUUGCGGCAACAGUGUUUUUGGGUGGCAGUGCCUUGCCUUUUGCCCCUUGCACAGUGCCUGCUUCGCCAAACAAGUCCCGACCUCCACGCUUCCCCAGGCCGCUCCCAUUAUCAAAAUCCGAAUGAAAGUGAGGACGCCGCUGAUCCUGAUGCUGCUUUAUUGUGUUUGUGCUCUGACUGCAAUCAAGCCAAUGCCACAUGCGAAACAGAUGGCGCCUGUAUGGUCUCAAUAACAAAUGUGAAUGGAAUGAAGCAUCACACCCGGACAUGUAUUCCUGAAGUAAAGUUGAUUCCUGCUGGAAAACCAUUUUUCUGUCUUAGUUCAGAAGCUGUACGCAAUACACAUUGUUGCUACUUUGACUACUGUAACAAAAUUGAUCUUAUGGUGCCCAGCGGACAUUGGAAGGAUAAUGAAACUUCUUCAAUGUGGGGACCUGUGGAACUGGUGGCUGUCAUUGCAGGACCAGUCUUUCUUGUGUUCAUCAUUAUGAUUAUAGUAGUUUUUGUCUUCCAUCACCAUCCACGUGGAUACCACAACCGUCAGCGAUUGGACAUGGAGGAUCCAUCUUGUGAGAUGUGUCUAUCCAAGGACAAGACUCUGCAAGAUCUAGUCUAUGAUUUGUCUACUUCUGGCUCUGGCUCAGGCUUACCACUGUUUGUCCAGCGUACUGUGGCUCGAACAAUUGUCCUCCAGGAAAUCAUUGGCAAAGGCCGCUUUGGGGAAGUGUGGCGUGGCCGAUGGCGUGGUGGUGAUGUAGCUGUGAAAAUCUUCUCAUCACGGGAAGAGCGAUCAUGGUUUAGAGAAGCUGAAAUCUAUCAAACAGUCAUGUUGCGCCAUGAGAACAUUCUGGGAUUUAUUGCUGCAGACAACAAAGAUAAUGGCACUUGGACACAAUUAUGGUUGGUCUCUGAUUACCAUGAGCAUGGCUCUCUGUUUGAUUACCUCAACCGAUAUACUGUAACUAUUGAAGGGAUGAUUAAAUUGGCUCUGUCUGCUGCCAGUGGUUUGGCACAUUUGCACAUGGAAAUUGUGGGGACUCAAGGAAAACCUGGGAUUGCACAUCGUGACUUGAAAUCCAAAAAUAUAUUAGUAAAAAAGAAUGGAACUUGUGCCAUUGCAGACCUUGGUCUAGCUGUCCGCCAUGAUUCUGUUACUGAUACAAUUGAUAUUGCCCCUAAUCAGAGAGUUGGAACAAAACGUUACAUGGCCCCUGAGGUUCUUGAUGAAACAAUAAACAUGAAGCAUUUUGAUUCAUUUAAGUGUGCAGAUAUCUAUGCCCUUGGCCUGGUUUACUGGGAAAUUGCACGCAGAUGCAACUCAGGAGGUAUUCAUGAAGAAUAUCAGCUCCCAUACUAUGACCUUGUGCCCUCUGACCCGUCCAUUGAAGAAAUGCGAAAAGUGGUAUGUGAACAGAAACUACGACCGAACAUUCCCAACUGGUGGCAGAGUUAUGAGGCUUUGCGAAUUAUGGGGAAAAUGAUGCGAGAGUGCUGGUAUGCCAAUGGAGCAGCACGGCUAACAGCUUUACGCAUCAAGAAAACUCUUUCUCAACUCAGUAUCCAGGAAGAUGUGAAAAUUUAGACUGCAAGCACCAUCUUGAGGAAAGUGCACAAAAAGCUGCCGUGCGAGAAUUGAUGUGGUGAAGAAGGCCUACCUCGUCUUUAUAUUCAGCCUGCUGCUAUCAACUGGACAGCUUGGCCUGCAGGUGGCCAGGUGAGGAGGAUCGACAUUAGAGACUUCACUCAUUUCCUCAUUCAAGAGUGAAACGCAUCUUUUUUGAAUUUCCUCUUGAGAGCGUUCUGAGGGGCUUGUAUAGGAGAAUGUCAGUCACAAUAUAACCUUGUUUCUCUUAUGGAAAUCCCUGUAAAUUUGAGUUCUGUGCUGAUUAGGGAAAGCCUUAUGGCUUGGGAGAAGAUGAUACUUUCUUGUGGAUUAAAAAGUGUGGCAAGGGGAAGGUUUCGAGGACUGACAUGUACACACAGGCACCUUGUGUGCACUUUGUCUGGCCAGAUAGUGGCCCUUUUCUAGCUCAGUAGAUCCUAAGCCAGAACUACAGUGUGUGCAUGUGCAAAGGUGUGCAUCCCUUUGCCCUGUAGGUGUGUAUUGUGUCUGCUUGUGCUCCUGUGCAUGUUGAAAAUGUAGAGUGUCCUUUUGUGAAGUGCAGGUGCUAAUUCCCUAUUUCUCACUGGCUGAUAAUUAGCUGUCUUCUCACUGGGAAGGAGUAGGGUUCUGCCCUGGCAAAUGGUAGACUUUUGGGGGGCACCGUACAAAUUGUUUCACUGCCAUUCUUCCCCUCUUUUUUUUAAAGCAGGGAAAAUACUUCGUGCGUGUUUGUUUUUUAGUUUAAAAUUCUCCCAUAAUGGGUAGCAAUGAUUACCUAGCAAGCGGAAAGAAUUGUGGAAGAAUUGGGUAUCUGCUGAAAUUGGUGCUUUCCUAGUUAAAGAAAGACAAACAAAAUUGACCAUAUAGGAUCAUUGCCCUUCCAUUUCUCAAGGUGCCUUUGGCAGAACAACUCCGGUGUUUUACAUUUCUCUACCAAAUGAAAUGGCUAUGGAGAAAUAUGCACUCAGAGACUUCCUGGCAACAUUUGUCCUUUCAAGGAACAAUGACUGCAAAAUAAAGCUGAUGUGUGUGUGUGUGUGUGCGUGUGUGUGUGUGUAUGUGUGUACGUACGUUUAUGUGUAUAUAGAUAGAUAGAUAAAUAUAAUAUGAUCUCCCUUAUUCUGGAAGCUACUUUGUGUCACUUGGGCGUGGGGUGGGGUGGGGUAGGGAAGGAUUGGGAAUGGAUUAACUGCAUGCAUUUUGUUUGAAUUCAAUGAUCAGGGCAUAAUAGGACUGAUUAGGCUGUCACAUCUUUUUUUUGUGGGGGGGGGACAGCCUGAGAUUGUAUUGUGAUGCAAAUAAUGCAUUAGAAACUCCAUUAUGUGUAGGUUGGGUGUUUGAGAGAUAACUCCUGAAGCCAUAACUUUUAACUGGAGUGGUUUGAUUAAUUUUUUUAAUUCUUAUUUUAAUGGAGGGGCUGGAUUUUAACUUUUUUUACUAUUGUUUAUAAAAUAGAUAAUUACCUCUCAUUUGUUUAUAAAGAAAUCACUGCAAAAAAAGAAAAAAACUGAGAAAUGCACACAGCUCAAUUUUACACUGGAACUGUUUCUAUAUAAACCAUGAGCCCUUGACUACUAAGAGGAGGAGUUAUCCCUUCUUGGACAGGGGAUUUUAUAAGAAUAUAAAACAUCCUGUAUUUGUUGUUUGUCAGAAUAGGCAUGUGUUCGUCUUUCCUUCCCUCUCCCUUAACCUUUCUUGUGUCUUUGAUUGUAUUAUAUACAUUGCAGAGUUGCAUUGUGUAUUGGAGUCAAUUUGACAUGUUCCUUUAGGUCUGUAACAAGUUGUAGCUUCCUUUAAUGCUGUGUUUUGAAAAUCUCAGGCGCUUUUGUUUGUAGGCAUAUGUGGGAUUUGUGCUUCUGAUUGUAAAACUUGCCUUUUUCUAUUAUUUUGGUCUGAUCAUUUCUGAGCCAGAGACCACCGCAAAUCUCUAGCAAAGGGACACCAUUUACUAAAAUCUUCCUUGCAUUUCUGAUCUAAAGUAAAAGGCACCUUGAAAUUUAUGUUAAUCAUAUAUUUUCAUAAAUAAGAAAUGGCAUCUAUGAUUGCUGGAGUUGGAAUUGAGAACAAUGUAUCACGAAGAUUUACACUUGGAGCUCAGGUAAUGGAAAUGUUCAUGUGUAUAAUUUACUGUCAAAUCCACCUCCAAUUAAAAAGAGCCAUUUGAUUUUCAUAGAUAAGUUGAAGAUUUUAAGUGGUAGACAUGAAAUUAAUGAGGCUAAAAAGUGUGUACUUCCUUAAAACAUAUUUUGUUUCCAAGUAUUCCUAAGUGGUAAAUAAUUUUGCCAAAAUGUGUGUACUGUUUGUAUUGCAUACUUCUUGACAUUUUACUCAUAGAUCUACAGCUUAGAGGCAGAUAAAUCUGUUUUGUGUGUUCAAUUUAAAUUUGAGUAGAAUUCCCCCAAUUAUGCCUUAUGCUACAAAUAUUACAUCAGUUGCUUCCUUCUUAGAAUAAAGCAGUUCUAGUUCUGCAUGAAAGGCUAUUUAUUUAAUAGAUCUUGUAAUCUGCUCAAAUCCCAUAAGAAACUGGGGGAUUGUACAACAUCAAAACAAAAAAUCCCAACCUAUAACAAUAGCCAAAUUUAAAUAAUUAACAAUAACAAAAAAUAACUAGAGAGAGCAGAAAUAAAAAGAUAAGACGGUCGUCCAAGAUUAAAAGUGCACUGAAAUAAAAUAGCUUUAAUCUGUUUACAUUAGGUGGGGACUGCAUGUACUUUUGUGGGGAGAAUAUUCCCUGAAUUGGAAGAUAUUGUAAACUUCACAAAGGGAGCGAAUUUUCACAGAUCCUUUCUGUGAACACUGGUAUAAUAUUGCCCGUAUGUGUUCCACCAUGUGCCAUUUAGGGCUCUAUGGCUAAUGGCCAGCAUUUUGAAUUGGCCCAGAAGCUUACCACCUACCUAUGCAGGAUCUUUAAUAUAGGUGUAAUUCUGGCUAGAUGGGGCUGUCUUGCCAAUAAUCUUACUGCCACAUUUUGUAUCAGGUACAGCUUCCAGAUUGUCUUCAAAGGCAGCUCAUUGUAAUACACAUUGCAGUAGUCAAAUAGUAGUCAAAGUCUGAGUUAUUGAAGACAAGGCAUCCUGUUCUGUAUAGGAUUGUAAAUAGUUCAAAGCCACCCGACUACAGUUUCCGCCAGUCAUUUAGAUAGGAAUUGUGAAUCCAUGCAGACCCCAAAUUGACAACCACAUCCUUCAGGGAGAGAUAAUGCAGUCCAGAGUGGUCUACUGACCAUUAUCAACCCUGCCUUGCAGAAUUUGAUGUUAGCUUGCACCAUCCAAACCUCAUCAUGCUGGUUCAAAACAUCCGUAGGAUUGUGAUGUAUAAUUGAGCAUUGUUUUAGAGUUCAUCUGUGGACACAGAGGUGGUUCUGCAGUCCCAGCCUGGAAGUACAGAGUCUAGCAGUGGGGGCAAUGGAAGUCCAUUGUUAUAGUAAGUGUGGAUGUUAUUCUCUGAUGCUGCCCAGGUUUUGUUUUUUGUUUUUUAGUUUUUAAUGGCACCUUAUUUUCAAAGCUGUUUGAAGGCUUCAUAGCACAGGACUUGCCAGCAUGUUUUGUCAUUAGUUGUGGCUUCUAGUUCCCAUGGUUGGAUGUCACAGUGGUAUAGGGUUUCAAUCACAGUGUCUUUCUAGAGCUUGCAUGGUCGACCUUGAAGUCUCUUCUCAGGCUCCAUAGAGCAACUGGCAAGGCAUAUAGUGGUCAUCCAUGCUGAGGACAUAUCCCACCCAUCUCCUCCAACCUCUCAUAAUUAGGAACUCAGUGCUGGCGGACUCCACAUAAUCCAGGACCUCCAGAUUGGAGACUGUUGCCAAUGAAUGCCAAGGGUUGAUUGGAGAGUGAACAUAUGAAAUUUCUCCAGUUUGAUGUAUCUUCGAUGCAGAGUCCAGGACUCACAUUUAUAUAAGAGGGAUGGGCUAACCACAGCUCUCUAGACUUUUUGCUUCAUGGAGAUAUGGAUGCUGUAUUGAUUGAGCACUCUAGUACAUAACCAUCCCAGUGCUUAACUAUCCAUGCUGAUCCUGGAGUCAAUUUCUUUCUCCAAAAAACCAUCACUCAAGAUGACGCUUCCAAACUAUUUGAAACUAUUUAUCAGCUUAGCUUGAACCAGUAAAUCACCUCUUCCACCAGUUUCAUAUAGAUUUUAAACAACAUGGAGCCCUGAAGGUUCCCACACUAAAGCUUCAUGGAUUCAGGUGUGUCUCCCACAAGUCAUUGACUGACCACACUCAGGUAGCAGCAGAACUACUGUAAAAUGGUGCCUCAAACUCCCUGUAAGGAGGACACCAUGGUUUUCUUGAUGGCAUUUUUACACUGCUUAGUUCUGAUAAAACCAAUAGAGGCAUUGUCCCUUCGCCCCAUCUGCAUGUAAAGCAAGUUUAUCAAUCAGGAAAGCCAGUGCCAUUUUUGUCGCAUAACCAGGUCUGGAUCCUGACUGAACAAGGUCCAGAUAAUCUGCUUCCUCUAGGAUCUUCUCUAGCUAAUUACCUGCUACUUUGCAACACCUGUUCCUAAGGGUAGAUUACAUGUAGGGCAAACUUUUAUCAAGCACAGCUGAACCCAGGUUUUUCUUUUUCAGUUACCCCCUUCAAAGCAGGCAGCAUUAGCUUCUCUCUCAAAGAAGCAUAAAUAACCUUCCAGAUCCAGCUGAUCACACCCUAGCCAGCCACCCAAAGGAAUACAACAUAAUGGUGGGUGAUCAGACUACAGAGGAUUCUGUCUGCUUCCUUGGAUUUCACCAGCUCAAAAUAAUCCAGAUCAUAUCUGGUGGCACCCCAGGCCCCACAAUAGGCUCUGCCUUCCUGGCAUUCAAUCCAGAGAGGACAAGAACCAUUUUAUUCAUAAAGAAGCCCUCAAAUUAAUCCAGCAAACUGGACUCUUAAGAUUUAUUUAUUUAUUUUGUGUUAUCAUGACAAAGUAAAAAUGACCAAAGAAUUGUUUUUCCUAAAUGGAAAAUAGGAACAUUUGCCUGAUUUCAGACUAGGCAUAUUCAAAAAAAGGGCCCUCAAAUUGCACCAUUUUAAUAAAGCAGAAUUGGGUGGUGCUUUAAGACAUUUAUUUGAUGUGUCUGUAUCACUCCAGUGAUGUGGUAGUUAGCUACUGGCAUCUUGGCUACUGGCAGUUGGCAUCUUUGACUAAGAGGAGCAAAUAUUCUGUUUACUGUGAUAACAAUACCAUUAAUGUUUCUAACCAUUUCUUCAUAGUUGCUUAAAAGUAAAACUAGUAGGAGGUUCCAUUGCAAAUUAAACCAGUAACUGUCAUGGUACAUUGAGGUUUUUUUCAUGAAAUUUUAGUCCAGUGGCCAAAUAACUCAGUUAUGGGGUUACAAAUAGCAGGAUAGAAUCUCCACGUUAAAUUCCAUUUGGGGAACAUUAGCCAACUUUAUCAAAACAGACAUUAAAGAGUUUUGAUAUGAAAUUUCUGAGUAGAAAAUUGCAUUUGCAAUGCCCUUAAACUUUUCCAAAAUUUAUAUGGUAUGACUUACAGUUGGGGGGGGUCACACAGGCUUCAGAAUAGAUCAUUCUUGGUACUAUUGUCUUUUCUUUUCUGUCUUUCUUGUCCCAAAAAUUUAUUCCUUCUUGACCUUUAUAUUUGUUUCAGGUUUUAUAUGUUUUACUAGAGAAAGACUGUAAAAUAGCCACUUAGACACUUUAUCUCCUCAGUAUGCAAAUGUAAAUAGAUGUAAUAUAGGAAAGAAAUCUUUUGUUUUAAUAUAAGAAUGAGGCUGUCAAAUUUUUGGUUGUACAUUAUUAAAAGUUUGUUUUUAUUCACAUAAACUCUUACGACUUUUUAUGUUUCAGUUCUGACUUACCUAUACUGUACUUUACAUGCUUGAAUUUUAAUAUUGGCUAAGAGAAUGGAAAGAUAAAUACAUAAAGAUAACUCAAAGAUAUAACUGAGCUACAUGAAGCUAUGUUUCUAAUAAUUGUAUAAAAGAUUACCAUAGGAAAAAAUUACGUUGUCGAUAUUAUUGGAACUGUGCUAUGAGAAUAAAACAAAUGUUAAGGCUUGAAUUGGAUCAGUUUUGGAAUACAGGUAAUCCUCAUUUUAUGACCCCAAGUGGGGCAAAAAUCUCCCUUGCUAAGCAAAGCAGUUGCAAAUGAGUCCGGCCAGAUUCUAUGACUUUUUUGCCAUGAUUGUUAAACAGAUCACUGCAAUUGUUGAGUGAAUUGUGAUCAUUAAACGAUUGUCCCCUACUAUUGACCCUGCUUGUUGGGAGCUGGCUGGGAAGGUUGCAAAUGGCGAUCACAUGACCGUGGGAUGUUGGAAUUGUCAUAAGUACAUGCCGGUUGCCAACAACCAAAUUUUAAUCAUGUGACUAUAGGGAUGUUAUGAUGCUUAUAAGUAUGAGGACUGGUUGUAAGUCACUUUUUUUCAGUGCCGUUGUAACUUUGAACUGUCACUAAGUGAAUAGUUGUAAGUUCAGAGCUACCUGUAUACUUUAAUGGAGUUCUUGCACUUCAGGAUUAUUCAUCUGUGAAAGAAUUUCUAGGGAAGUUCUGACGUUGGCCAAAGAACCAGAAAUGUGAAAGAGGUUCAAGGUAUUUGGCCUUCUGUCUUUAGUUUUGGUGCAACACAUUCAUUCUGUAUAAUUGGUUGGUAACAAGUGCCAUUCAUCUCAGUAGAACUUACUUACGUGUAAAGCAUGGGUAGAAUUUCAGUGUUAAUGAAGCUUUGCUUAAUGGAUUAUCUCACAAGUUUGGGAUUUUGUUUUCUGAGUUGUACUUUAAUCUUGCCCUAAAAACCGUGUUCCCAGGACAUGAUGGUUUCUGCCCUGUACAGCUGUGGGAUUAACCAAUUACUAGUGCCCUCUGCUUUCCCCCUGGAGUGCCAGAAGGAUGCUGAACAAUCGUCAUGGGUUAAUCUAUUGUGCAUUAUUUUUCAAAACAUUCUUUUGAGAAUUUUUGAUUUACUCUUUAUCCAUUUAAGAGAGAGAGAAAAUUGAGAAAGAUGAUUAGAUAGCGAUCUACAGAUUUUGAAUCUAUAUCAGGUCCAACAAUCUGGAAAAGAAUUCCCGGCAAGAACAUUCUAGAAUGUACUUAAAACAGCUCAUAAAGGGAAUAAUAGCCUUAGAAUGAGAAAAUUAUCACAUCUGAAUCAACGAACAAGCAUGGACAAACAAACACUACAUAGCAGGACUGAACAGUUUUAUAUUCUCAAAAAUAUUCUGCACCCAUCUGGAAAAGGAUGAUAGGAGUACCAUACAAAAAAACUCAUGACUGUAAUGGACCUUUAUCUUUUGCCAGUGUUGUAAUACUGUCACCUUAAAAAGGGGUGCAACAUUUACACGUAGGUUAGGAAAUAUUUGUGAAUUGAUUUUUAUUGUUGCUUGUACUCUUCCUCUGAUAUGUUUUUAUCAACUCCUGUGUAAUAAAUCCUUGAACUUUUAAA